AUGGAACGCCGUCAUGGACAGAAUAAGGAUUUAGAUAAUUUAAAAGAAUUAUUAGCAGGACGAAAACUUACUGAAAUAUUAGCAGAAUUAGAUAACCGAAAGCAAGAAAUUCAAAACUUAAACCUUGAUUUAACAAUAACAAGAGAAGAAUUAUCAAAC